AGGUCAAAGCCCUCGCCGGGAGCUGGCCCGGAGCACAGUAGACCCCAGCCAGGAGGUGCCAGCUGCUCCCAGUCUGCCUCCAGCUCAGCUGCCUGGGGCUGAGGGACCAGCCUGGGGAUUCCCCACUGCUGAGUGACCCCCUCUUCAGCCCCUCCAAUAGGGGAUUUCCCAGAAUGUUCCCAUGCCUCAGGAAGCCUCCUCCUUAGCCACCCCCAGCUCUUGACAGAAGAAGUGGCAUCAGGUGACCCCACAGGUGAGGGAGGGUGAGCUGUGAACAUUAGCAUUUGGACUAGCAUGGGGGAGGGAGAUGGGGCCGGGUAACAUGGGCACGUGAGCAGAGCAGGGCUAAUUCUAGCUCAUGGGGUUCUAACAGGUUCCCAAGGCAGGGGCUGCAGCCUACAAGCUGUGUGACCUCCAAUGUAUUGCUUAACUUCUCUGGGCCUCAGUUUUCCCUCUGCUGUAAAAGGGAGAUGUUACAUACUGUGCCAUGAUGUCACAAAGAUUAGACAUGAUGACAGCUAUAAAGCACUUAAAAGGGCAGGUCAAGGGGCACACGCCUAUAAUCCUAGCAAUCAGGAGGCUGAGACAGGCAGAUCUCUGUGUUUGUGGCCAGCUUGGUCUACCCAGCCAGUUCCAGGAGAGUGAAGACCUGGAGAAACAGAAUGCGGCUCUGCGGAAGGAGAUCAAACAACUCACAGAGGAGCUGAAGUACUUCACAUCGGUGCUGAGCAGCCACGAGCCCCUGUGCUCCGUGCUGGCCAGCGGCGCCCCCUCGCCUCCCGAAGUGGUAUACAGCGCCCAUCCCUUCCACCAGCCUCACAUCAGCUCACCACGCUUCCAGCCCUGAGCUUCCAGACAGGAAGAGGACAGAGCCCCAGUUGAUGCUCCUCCCAUGGGCCUUCGGAGGGGCAUGUCAACCGAGGCCAGGCUACCCUCAUACCUCCAUCUGGAGACCCAGUGGCAGAGGCCUGGACAAGGAUUGAACACAAGAACUGUGCUGGCCAGAGGGACUUGAAGCCUCCUACCAGAGUGUAGCCAAUGUACUGGACCCCACAUGAGUGGGAAAGCAGCCCCAAGAGUCAUGGAUGAUGCCCAAGACCUACAGCACAGAGGAAGGAGGGCAGGGAGUCGAUAGUUUUCUAAAUAAAU